UUCUCGGAUUAUCUAAAUAUAAAGAGUAACCAACGCUGGUAAAUCCUUAGUACUGAAAAUAUUUUGUUAACGACAUACACAUACAUGUAGUUGCCAUUUUACAGAUUAGCCAUUCCAUGCCAGAAGUGCUAGAUGACUGGUGAGGAUGUCGAUGUUCAAAAAGCUUUGGUCCAAUCCUGAAAAACCUGGAAAGAUACGGGAGGUGCCUGUGGAUGAGAUCCGGGAGAACCAGCCAUAUAACCCCUUCACUGAGCUCCUGUUUCUGGACGGGCACAAUGACAUUGUCAGGAUCCUUCUUAAAAUUGAUUCUAAGAGGUGUGUCUCAACAGCAGAUGACAACUUGGCAAUUGUGUGGGACAUCCAGUUUGGCUACAAGCUGGUCACCCUGAGUGGACACUCACGGCCCAUCACAUACAUGCUCCGGCUGCCUGACUAUACAACUCACAGGAUCAAACUGGCCACUGGCUCCUCAGAUAAACAAAUAAGGAUAUGGGAUUUGGAGACUGGUGACUGCCUGCAUGUGCUGACUGACCACCAGUCGUCUGUGAAGUGCCUCCUGCUCUGUGGCAGUGAGGGUGCCUUCUGUUCAGGGGGAGAAAACCUCAGUCUGUGGUCACCAAGCUGCAGCCUCCUUGCAUCCUACACACAGUCCAGUGAGGAGAAUGAUAUUUGCAUGAUGAUCAACAUGAGCAAUGACAGAAUAGUGACUGCCAGUGACAAAAAUCUGGUGGUGUAUGUGAUAAGUCACUCAAAUGAGCUGAAUCUGGUUAAGCGUCUUCCCUCCCAUCGAGAGCCGGUGAAAUUCCUUGUUCAUGUCACAGAUGAUGUGUUUGCAAGUGCAUCCCUGGAUGGCACAAUUAAGCUGUGGAAUACGGACACCCUGGCCUCAUACUUGUGUUUUAACUCUGUUAAUGACCCAGAAGGACCAAACAAAACAUUCCCAUACAGUGUACAGACACUGAUCUGUCUAAAUCAACGUUAUCUUUGUGCUGGCAUAGGGACAGGGUUUGCCCUGUUUGAUACAGAAACUGGCAAGACUGUCCUUCACAAGCAGAAUGCUCACCAUUCCAAGAUCAACCACUUGACUUUCCUCUGUGAUGGGUUGUACUUAGCAACAGGGGCAGUUGAUGGGGCUAUCCGACUGUGGAGUUGUGUGGAUGUUGUACGGGACUGUAUCAACGGGGACCAGGGGGAGGCGUCCAGGUUCCUCAUAGCACAACAUGGACUGUAUGAGAUGUGGUACAAGAUGGAAGUUCAGAGGGUGUCUCUUGUCGGUGAAUGUCUUGCCCAUGAUGGCCCUGUACAGGCCCUGCUAAACUGUGAUAAUGAAAGCCUGGUCUCCUGUGGAGUGGAUGGUCUUGUUAUUGUGUGGAAGAAUGAAAACAUCCAGAUGUUAAAGCGCAGCCAUGUUCUGCAGGCCACUAGGACCUGUGACGGAAUUGUGUGAAAAUAACUACAUACAUGUACAUACAGUUGAACUUUGAGUGUAAAUCAUUUAUUCCAUUAGGAGAAGUUGGAUGGACAGAUGUAAUGUUUUGACAAACAGACUGAUUUGUGCAAUAGCAUUGUGCAAUGUACUUAAAUUGAAACAAACAAAUCACAAAGAAUGCUGAAGCAAAUAUGGAACAAGUUGAUGUAUGAAAAUCCUUUAUUUUUGAUGACAUAUAAAUGUUUUGCGAUAUUGUAAUUAUUACCUGAUGCCAUGAUAUACUGUUUGUUUGUGCUGAAAUUGAUGAGUUUGUCAUAGUAAGCCAUGACACUACAUCCAUAAACACUGUGAUUGCAUAGUACGUUCAAGUGUUUGUAAGUAUAAUCAACUGUCUCAAUGUAAAUGACUAUAGAUGUACUUUUGGUCCCAAUUUCUCAAAAAAUCUUAAGCCUAAUAGGUAUUGUAUUUUAUACAGCCAAAUUAGUUACUUAAAGAGCAUAUUUAACUUAAGAAAGUAGAUUUCCGUGAUUAUCUUGAAUAUAACAUCUUUAAAAUGUC